GAAACAUGGCCGUGGUGUGUUGGCUGUGAGAUGCCCAGGGACCCGUUGUGAUUCUAUCGAUCAACCGAGAUACUUCCACCAUCUCUACUCGUGACGCCGUUCGGACGCACUGAGGUGAGGGAGGGCACCCAGGAGGGCAGGAGGGCAUCAGCAAUGACAGCCUGUGUGGUUCCUGUGUGUGUGUGUUGUGACAGAUCUGUGACUCACAAGGCUGGCAAGAAACAGUAAAGGUGAGGGAAGGAAAAGCGGGGCCAACUUGAAACUAUGAGUGGUCUCACUUGUUUCUUGCAGAUGUCAACUGCUCGUGACGGCCCUCCCAUAUCUAGCGUAUCGUCAUCCGCUGCAUCGGCUGCAGCUGCCGAUGGUGGGGGCGGCAUCGCUGCAGAAGGGCAGGCACAGCUAGGUCUCUGUGUGUGUGUGUGAUUGUGUUGCAGGUGCCAGCAGUGUGUCGUGUGGCAGUCAGCACCACCAGCAGCAUCAGUAUGGUCGCCUUAUCAGUGCCGCUGAUGAGCCUGAAGAGGCGGUGCCCACAGUUGCCGAGUACGUCAGGAGUUACUCACAGCUGGCGGCCCUCAUCGACGCCCAUCCGACCCAAUUCACCGCCGCCGUCCUGCUGCCCAUCCUCACACGACUGCUGCCCGUCGUUGUGGAGGCCAUCUUCGGCGGUCUGGUGGAGGUUCCGAUGCCUCAGUUGACUCAAGGUGCGGCCAUCAUUGUGGCCACCACACGUCGGCUCUUCAUCCUCGAGAGAGGCGGCAACUGGGACAGAUGGCGGCCAGUGCUGGAGAUGCUGUACUUGCUGCAAGGAAGGAGGCCUGUGGUGCUGAGUGGCGACGACUUCGGUGUGUUCGCCACUCGCGCGGCCUUUGUGAGUGAGACGGAGGCCGUCCGGCAGUGGAAGAUACUCAGCCGGGGGAUCACUGUCACUGAUGGAGAACAACAGAGACAGCUGAUGUAUGGCAACGGCAUUCUCCCCCUUAGCUCGAUGUCCCACGAUCUCCCAACCCUCCUCACCGCGACCAGUCCCCCUGUAUCUGACGCAUUCGACCCCGCCGACCCGCCCACUAAACUGCGCGGCUUGACCCACCCCAGCUACACAUCAAUGGUGGCCUUCGUCUUAGUCGGCUGGCUGUUCCAACGCGGCCACAUCCCUUGCAUCAAAUCCUGGUGGUCUGACAGUCCUGAGUCUGCUUCAUCCCGGCGUGUGUGGGAGCUGCUGGCAGCCUCUCCCAGUGAUGAGACACAGUGGGCGGCGGGGGCGACCGUGUUCGAGAAGCCGCUGAUCAGUGGGGGGUGUGAUCGGCUGGUGGUGUUCGGCAGUGAGGUAAUGGGCGACGGCCACAUGGCACUCAUUAAGCUGGUCGAUCGGGAGAUCCGACGGGACAUUUUCAUCUACACGACCGAGUCGGGCCCCCACGACCACACACGCACCGUCGUGACGAGAGUGCUGGGGGAGCAGGUGUGGGACAUGGAGUGGUCGUGGGAGGUUGACGACGGGCGAGCGACGGCCAAUAAGUGCAGAUGCACUGUGAUGUAAUCGAGGGGCUUUACCAUGUGUGUCGAUUGUCCAUCCACGACAGGGGGAUGCACGUGUGGUGGUGUGCUUGACGGUUAGCUGAAGGGGAGACAACCAGCCAGACAGCCAGACAAAGGAUUUUUGUUCUCUGCCCGUCUGCUUGCUGGGAAUGUCCGUCUGGUGAGCGAGGCAUGGCGUGACUGACCUGUGUGUAUCUUAAUGGAACACCGUGCUUUGGAUAAACGAAAUGAAAGACAGUGAAAAGGUAAGCUAACACCCUUGAUGGCACCACAUUGACGAACCAACGUCGUCCCGCUCGCUUACGUUUGUUUGCCUGAAUGUCCCUGUCUGUGCAUGUGUGUGGCCAAUCGCUUGCGUGUGUGCGUGCCUUUCGCUCCAUAUA